UGCUGAUGUGAGAAAUCGAUCAGUGAGCAUUGCGGGUAAGGGUAGCCAUCUUGACGAGACCUACAGUCGCCCAUGGCUAGGAGCAGUGUGGUUGGAGUAUUUGAGCAAGACACCAUCAGGGGACAGGUAGAUUGGAAGACGAAGCAGACGACAAGUAGCAGCAGACGACAACUUUGCUCUGGGACCUGUCACUCGCCGGCAAUGGCGCAUAUUACCUCGAAGAGACUCUCGGAUACAUUUUCUGUCAGGAUUGUGGUGUUUCUGCUGGUCGGAUAUUUAUUUGAAGGUUCUUCCAGCAGUGAAUGCUCAAAUGUAGACACCAAAUUCAACAGUGAUGGGUCCUGUCAAGCAUGCUACACCGGCCCUUGUUGCAGUAACUACGCAAGAACGAAGCCGUACUUUGAAAUGUCGUACCAAGUGACGGAGUUAACGGCUGACAUGGUCGGGAGCAAUGACGUUGUAUACAGAGCCUCAGCGAACGAUAGAUCUAAAUGUGUUACUGACGACUGCCCUUGUGGUAACGUUGUGUACACACUUGAAGACGAUUCAGGAACGUUCAAGAUUGAUCCUAGCUCAGGUGACAUUCGGGUAUCGGACUCCUCAAUGCUCAAGCGUCAACAUUACACCGUCACCGUCACUGCCCAAAACAAAGACGACACCUCCACCGACGCCACCGACGCCGCCGAGAUGACCUUGAGCAUCAAAUCUCUAGUCGGGGAGGCCAACGACGCCUACAACAAUAACGACUACAGCGGCUACGACCACCACAGAUCAAGAAGAGCCGCUGGAGACCCCCCGGCAAACGUAACCUUUGACCUCGUGAAGUUGGCUCCCAACACAAACAAAACGGACAUGAAAGUUGGCCAGAAGAUUUCCUUUGAACUGACCAUCACCUUCCCCUCUGGUACAACCGACAUGUUGGUGGAGCUGUUCACCCCGGAUAACGCGUCCAUCAUCAUGAUGCUUUGUGGGGUAAACGUAGCAUCGGUUGGGAAGAACCUUGCACAUGACGGAACAACCACACCCGAGCACUACAGCAUUGAAAAUAACCUCUACUAUGAUCGAGCCGUCAUCAACCUUGGCAACGUGACCAACGACGGGACCGACACUUCAGACCCGAAGCACAACCAGAUCGUCAUCAACUACGACGCGGUAAUGCUGGACACCGUGACCAACAACGGCAGCACAUACUGGGUGAGCGCCGGCGCCGAGUACAACUACGAAGCGGACGUGUGGGUCGGCCAAGCAAGCUUUGUCUGCAUUAAUGAUGCUGAGACAUUCUCAACAACCCCAACCAUCAACUUCACGGGGCCAGCUCAGAUGAGUGUCGGAAGUUCGGCCGUGUUCACGGUGGACAUUUACAUGCCCUACCCUUCCGUGACCCUCAGCUUCGACGCAUUUGCCCCUCUCAACACCAGCAACGUCAUGUCCAUCUGUGCCGUGAAGGGCAAGGACGUCGCCGUCAACUACGACUGCGGCUUCGACAUAACAAAGCCGACUCACACGCUUCACACUGAAGGCAAUGUCAAGGGCAACGCUCGGGGUCACCUGGACUUGGGAAAGGCCGUCAAUAAAGGUAUGAGGGAGCCUGGCAAUUCAGAAACCGACAACCGCCUGACUCUCGAGUUUGUAGCUCACCUGUUCGAAGACGAUACAUUCGUGGGACAGGAGUACUGGCUGGGCGCGGCGCUGGAGAUAGGAACCGACCAGAUUUGGGCAGGGCAGAUCAAGGUCGUCCCUACCGCGAAAGUCGCUGGAAAGCUCAGCUGGAGUUACCUUCCCCCAGCCAGCAACUGUGACGGAGAAGACCCACGAGAGCAAACCCGUCAUCAUUGAGGCUACGGCAGAGCUACCUGCAUCUUCCACUAAUUCCUACAAACUUGAAGUACUAGUGCCCCUUGAUGCUUCCCAAAACAGCCUCCUGCAGGUGUGCAACGUGCGCGUGUCCUCCGCAGGCAAUCACCUUCCUUGCGUUGACCUUAACCUGGAGGCUGAGUAUAAAAUCAGGAAAACCGGUGGCACCGUUGUGGAUUCUGCUGUCUUGGACUUGAAACGUGUAACCAACGUCGGCUCGUGGUCAUCUAUUAACACGACUGCCGAAUCCGAUCAGAUAACUUUUCAAGUCUUGGUCAAGGCAACAAACAUUUCUGCAACAGGCGCUCCGCAUAACGUCGACAUAGCUUUGUAUGUGGAGGAUGUCCAACUACAUCUCCGAUCGGUCGCCAUUGACGUUGAGGCUUCCCCAUCAGCUGGCGACGUCUCGAACGACAGCGUCCCCACGAUGAAGAUGGAGUUCACGUCUGGGGGCGAGAACGUGUAUGUCGGCAGUGCCAGUAAAGUGGGCCUGGAAAUAGCCACAGUCAGAAACGUCCUACUCCCCGUCAUGGACAUCGAGUUCAUCAUGCCUAACGACACCGCCGGCGACGGCAAAUCUCCGAUAACCAUCUGUAGGACAGAAGUGACAUCCGCCGGCAAGAACCUCCCUUGUGCAACGAAAUCUGCAAUUAAUAGUGGUGUACAGUAUGCAUA